AAUUACUACUAGUAUUACGUAUUACGUUUUAAAAUCACAAUUGUCAUAUAAGUAAUUACGGAGUAUAUUACUCUAUCAGUCUAUCUUAUUGAGUAAUUAUUACUACUCCGUUUUAAAAUCGCUUUUUUCAUAUACCAGUAAGUAAUUCGGAGUAUAUUACACUUAUCUUAUUGAGUAAUUACUUUAAUGUAAUUACACUAUAAAAGGGACUGCCCCAUUAUUUGGUUUGUUCAGAAUCGAUCAUAUAUCAUUCAUCACCACAAUAAAAAAUUACCCGAGCGUAGUACCAAUCGACCGAUGGAGACGAUGAGCCGGAAGGCGGCGGCGGCUAAGGGCAGCAGCGGCAGUUUAGGCAACAUAAAACUUCUUCUCUUUAUCGUUUGGUUUGCCGUAGUCAGCAGCAGUCUUGCUUUUGUUGGCGUGGAUGCGAGCGGCGGAAGGAGGCUGAAGACGGUCGUCGUGGUCAAAGGGUUCCCAUCAGCGGUCAAUGAUCAUGUCCCGCCGCCGGGUUACUAUUCCGUGAUGUUACGAAAGGGCGAUAGGGAACCGCCGUCCGCACCGUCACCCUAUAUUAAUCACAAAGACUCUCCGCCUCCGGAGUCGUCUUGAGGAUUUCGGAGACCCCACACAAAAAAAAUUAUCAUAUUCAAAUCAUAAAAAAUCAUAUGAAAAAAGCAUAUUCAAAUUGAAGAUAAAACGUGAACGUCCAAAGGAAAAAAUCAUGAAAAAGAAUUUGACUAGUUAUCUCAACUUAUUCUUUCUCUUGGUACUAAUAUAUACUACUUAAUACAAAAAUCAUAAACAAUAAAUUAACAAAAACCAAGAAUCUAUAAAUGAAAAUGACAAAUCAAAGAACAUAAAUAAUUUAGUAAUACCAAUACCAUCACAUUAAUUUCAUGUUUAUAUCAUACGACAUAUAAUCUAAUCCAUACAAUACCAAUUUGUUUUACCAGUAUAAUAAUAUUAACCCAAUAAUUUUUAGAUUACACCUAUUUGUCAUACAUUCAACAUAUUAAAU